AUGGCGCAUGCCAGGGGGCGCGAGGCACCUCUUCCUGGCAGAAUUGGAGCAGUUCAAGAGGAAGGCGAUUCUAGGAGCCAAGGAGGAGUUAUAUCUUCUCCUAUCUUUUUUAGGUUUGAAGAAGGUAAAAGUUUUAACUUUGACUUGGUAAAUGUGUAUGUUACCAACAACAUAACCAACUAUCAACUCGGUGUUCAUUGUAAAGACAAAAAUCAUGAUAAGGGAUUUAAAUCACUGAAAUUUGGAGAAACAUACACCUUUGCUUUUUAUCCUGAAUUCCCAUUUCCUAGAUCCUUGUAUUUUUGUGGAUUUACUUGGAGCAAUAUACGUCACCGUUUUGACAUUUAUGAUCAAAGACGAGAUGUGAAAGACUGUGGAAAUUAUUGUCGUUGGAUAGUAAACGAAUCAGGUCCAUGUGAUGUUAGUGAUGGUGUUAAGUGUUUUCCAUGGGGUCCUGAUGUUGUUACCAGUGGGAGGAUACUUGAUCAUACUCCUAAUGUGUAA